AUGCUAUCAUUAACGGCAUGUAUUUCACCAAACACGUCGCUCCUCCAACAACCUUCGCCUUUCAAUAUCCAAUCGCCACUGUCCUUUACAAAACAAAAACACAAACGCACUUCAAAAACAGGAAACAAUAAUUACUCUAAUUCUCAUUGCUUCCCUUGCAAAAUCACUAGUGAUUCACCUUCUACUUCUUAUUUUCAGUACCCAGUAGCAACAAAGGCUCCCAGAUAUAAAGGAACCCCAGGUCUUGAAUUUUCAAAAACAGAAUCAGCAAGUGAAUUUGUUUACUCUAAUUUGAUUGCACUUUGGCUUCAGUCUUGUUUCAAGGUUAAAGACAUUAGAAGAAUACACGCGGUUUUUUUAAAGCGUUUGAGAGACUCGGGCACUUAUGUGAAUAAUAAUUUGAUAAGUGGCUACUUGAAAUUAGGGGAGUUAAUUGAGGCGCGGAAGGUGUUUGAUGGAAUGCCUGACCGAAAUAUUGUUAGUUGGACGGCAAUGAUAAAUGGGUACUUCAAGUUUGGUUUAGAUGAUGAAGCGUUAAGGUUGUUUAGCGAAGCCAUAAAGGAUGGGGUUGUACCAAAUAGCAAGACUUUUGUGUGUGUAUUGAAUUUGUGUAGUAAAAAGUUAGAUUUUGAGUUAGGAAGACAAGUUCAUGCUCGUAUUGUCAAGGGUAAUUGGAGGAAUUUGAUUGUGGAUAGUGCCAUUGUUUAUUUCUAUGUUCAAUGUGGUGAUUUGAAGAGUGCUUUUUGUGUGUUUGAUCGGAUGGUGGAGCGGGAUGUGGUUUCUUGGACGACAAUGAUUACUGCCUGCUCGCAGCAAGGGCGCUGUGAGGAGGCUUUUGGCAUGUUCACGCAAAUGUUGGAUGAGGGGUUUUGUCCUAAUGGGUUUACUGCCUCUGGAGUUUUGAAGGCAUGUGGAGAGGAGAAGGCGUUGAAGCUUGGGAGACAAGUACAUGGGGCUAUAGUGAAGAAGAUGUAUAAAGAUGAUGUUUUUGUUGGGACUUCUUUGGUGGACAUGUAUGCUAAAUGUGGAGAGAUUUCAGAUUCUUCAAAAGUGUUCAAUGGGAUGAGGAGGAGGAACACAGUUACCUGGACGUCUAUUAUAGCAGGGUAUGCUAGGAAGGGUCUUGGCGAGGAGGCUAUAAGUCUUUUUCGAUUAAUGAAGAGACGACGGGUAGUUUCCAACAACCUGACCAUUGUAAGUAUGCUCAGGGCUUGUGGCUCAAUUGGGGCAUUGCUUGCUGGGAGGGAAGUUCAUGCUCAGAUUGUUAAGAAUUGCAGCCAAUCGAACGAAUACUUAGGGAGUACUCUUGUGUGGUUCUACUGUAAAUGUGGGAAGUCCCGUACUGCCUCAAAAGUCCUGCAACAAAUACCUUUCAGAGACGUUGUCUCAUGGACUGCCAUAAUUUCUGGUCAUGCAUGUCUUGGGCAUGAGUCUGAGGCCCUUGAGUUUUUGAAGGAAAUGAUGGAGGAAGGUGUUGAACCUAAUUCAUUUACUUAUUCAUCAGCUUUGAAAGCAUGCGCUAAUCUUGAAACUGUUCUGCAAGGGAAAUUGAUUCACUCCUUUGCCAACAAGAUGCCAGCCUCAUCUAAUGUUUUUGUAGGCAGUGCUUUAAUUCAUAUGUAUGCCAAAUGUGGAUAUGUAUCAGAAGCAAGUCAAGUUUUUGAUAACAUGCCAGAGCGAAAUUUGGUUACUUGGAGGGCUAUGAUUAUGGGCUACGUAAGGAAUGGUCUCUGCCAAGAGGCUUUGAAGCUCAUGUAUAGGAUGCAGGCAGAAGGUAUUCAGGUGGAUGAUUACGUCUCUGCAACAGUCCUUGGGGCAUGUGGAGAAAUAGAGUGGGAUGCAGAGCAUUCAUCUAAGGCUUCUGUGAAGAUAUGGCUUAGGUUAUUCAAAACUUCAUAUAUUACCAUUAUUAUGGAAAAAGAAACGAUUGGUGAGAAAGAUAUUACUAAUUCCUCAACUUCUGAAAAGCAUGAGGAAGAUGCAAUAACUGUUCAGAGUGAUAAUCAAAUAAAAAUGUCAGAGGAGAUGAACUCUCUAGAGAUAAGAAAGAAUGACUCCAAGUUAGACAAGGAUAGUGAAGAAUCUGAUGCCGGUGAAAGUAUUGACAAGAGCAGUGGCUUAGAGUCUAGAUGUCAAGGUGAUGAUGUUGUGAAACAUGAUGACUUGAGAAAGGUGGGUGAGAAUAUGGAUUUGGAGUCUAAAUCUGUUGGAGUAAAGAUAAACAAUGAUACCCAACAUGUUGGCUCUGGUAACAAGAUGGAUGAAGUUGGUGAUUUGGAGCCUAAAGCUGAAGAAGGAACAAAGCAAACACCAGAGGAAAUUCUUGGUGAGCAGAAGGAGCCAGAGCCUGUUUUUGAUGGAACAGAGGUUCCUGGGAUGGAAGCCAACAGAACUACAUCUUUCCAUCCCUCAGACGCCGAUCCUGAAGCUGAGGGAUCUGCUUGGCCUGAGAAGGCUGUGGCUCUUAAGAAUUUUGUCAAGGAGAAGGGUGCAGUUGCUGUCACCAGUGUUCUUCGUGUGCUUUCUGCAAAAAGAGAUGAGGGGGAACAGGUUACUCAAGAUGAAGAAGAUAAGGAGGCUUCAGGUUUAACUAAAGAGAAAGAAGACAAAGAAAUCACAGAAGUUUCUCAGAAACCAGUGGACAGAUCUGCGUGGAAUCCUCUCACCUAUAUUAUGUUUUCUCGUGAUGAUGCAGAAAACAACAUUGAGCAGGGGGUGGAAGGAAGUGAAGAACCACCACACCCUAUAGCUAUGAAAGGAAGAAUUAUACUGUACACAAGGUUAGGGUGCCAAGACUGUAAAGAGGUUAGGUUAUUUUUGCAUAGGAAAAGGCUUGGAUACGUGGAGAUCAACAUUGAUGUAUACCCCAGUAGAAAGCUGGAACUAGAGAAUUUUACUGGGUCUUCUACUGUUCCUAAGGUUUUUUUUAAUGAAAUUGUGAUUGGAGGUUUGACUGAGCUCAAGGGCUUGGAUGAGUCUGGCAAGCUUGAAGAGAAGAUUAAUUAUUUGAUUGCUGAAGCUCCAGCAUCUGAAGCUCCUCUUCCACCUCUUUCUGGUGAAGAUGAUGUGUCCACUAGCGGCUCAAUCGAUGAACUAUCACUUAUUGUUCGGAAAAUGAAAGAAUCCAUUGCUGUUAAGGACCGGUUUUACAAGAUGCGGAGGUUCACCAACUGCUUUCUAGGUUCGGAGGCUGUGGAUUUCUUGUCAGAGGAUCAAUACUUGGAGAGGGAAGAGGCUACUGAAUUUGGGCGAAAGCUUGCUAGCAAACUUUUCUUUCGACACAUUCUUGAUGAGAACAUAUUUGAGGAUGGUAACCACCUGUAUCGGUUUUUGGACGAUGAUCCUAUUGUGUCAUCUCAAUGCUACAAUAUCCCUAGUGGCAUUGUUGAGGCAAAGCCUAAGCCCAUAAUAGAAAUUGCAUCAAGACUCAGAUUUUUGUCUUAUGCAAUCUUUGAAGCCUACACAUCAGUAGAUGGAAAGCAUGUUGACUACAGAAGUAUUCAUGGAAGUGAGGAAUUUGCAAGAUAUUUGAGGAUAAUUCAGGAGCUCCAACGAGUAGAAUUGCAAGAUAUGCCAAGGGAGGAGAAGCUUGCUUUCUUCAUAAAUCUCUACAAUAUGAUGGCCAUUCAUGCAAUAUUGGUGUUGGGUUAUCCAAAAGGAGCACUGGAAAGAAGGAAGUUGUUUGGAGACUUCAAGUAUGUGAUAGGUGGGUGCACGUACUCUCUUUCAGCUAUUGAAAAUGGCAUUUUAAGGGGCAAUCAGCGACCCCCAUACAAUCUUACCAAGCCAUUCAGCGUGAAAGAUAAGCGUUCUAAGGUGAGUUUUACCUAUGCUGAGCCUUUAAUCCACUUUGCACUGGUUUGUGGUACCCGAUCUGGACCGGCCCUUCGAUGCUACUCUCCUGGGGAUAUUGAUAAAGAACUGAUGGAGGCUGCUCGUGAUUUCUUAAGAGGUGGAGGACUGAUUUUUGAUUUGAAUGCUAAGACUGCAUUUGUCAGUAAGAUCCUCAAAUGGUUUAGUGUGGAUUUUGGCAAGAAUGAGAUAGAGGUACUCAAGCAUGCAUCAAACUACUUGGAGCCAACCAACUCUGAAGCUUUGCUGGAGUUGCUUGCUAGUGCUCAGUUAAAGGUGAUGUACCAGCCUUAUGAUUGGGGUUUAAACAAUUGA